UAUGUGCAUUGGAAUAUGGAGAAAGUUAGAUGGACAGGAUUAUGCGUUUUACAAAGUUCAUAAUCUAUGUACAAGGUCAAAUGGUGGACUAGGAGAUGAAACUGUACAGAUUGAUAAUCCUCCAUAUGUGCAUGAAAAUGAUGUGAUUGGAUUUGACUUUGAAUUUGGCACUAAAGUUCCAAUUUCUACGACAAAUAUAUCAGUUGGUGUCCUGGAAAUGUACAAAAGCUAUGAAGUUGAUAAAUAUAGUAUAGAUCUACCAUCAGCCACCAUUGUAAAUGUUACAGCUCCAAGCGUGAAUAGAUACUUUGCUUUUAACUUUUGUUUAGUUAAAUCUAUGGAAACUGAUAACAAUCCCUUAUGCAAUAGUGGAAAUUCAUCUAUUAUCGUUGGCCAUGAUGUAAUAGAUAGAGGUGGAAGUGGAGCUGCCUUCCUCAAUAUGUAUACAAAUUUUGGAUUUCCUUGCAAAGGCUAUCUAUCAUCCAUAACAUAUUAUAGAAUAAAUCCUACUGAUACUGGAGAAGUUGGUAUCUGGAGAAAACUGGAAAAUGGAAAUAAAUAUAAUUUAACUUAUCAGCUAAUCUAUCUAAUUCAAAUACCACAAGAGACUGCUGGUAUUAAAACUAUUCAUUUUAAUGAUAUUAUCAAUGUACAACCUGAUGAUACUAUUGCUUUUCAUCCAACACAAAAUGGAAGCCAAUUCAUUUCAUUUCAAGGAAAAUGUCUCCUCUGCAAAUCAAUGGCUGUAAGACCUUUUCAAAAUUAUUAUCCUCUGGGUCAUAUAAUUCACUUAGAGGAAGAACUAAUGUUGAGAAAAAAGAUCUUUUCAAUUCAAUUUUAUAUAGAUAUUGAAAAAAACCAUCCUGGUAAUAUUUCGCUUUUUGAGAUAUCUUCACCAGUUUCCCCAGAACAUGUUGAAAUGGUUGGGGAAGAUAUCAGAAAUAGUUCAAUUGAUUCGCUUUAUCAAAUUAUGUCUUAUGUAAAAAUGGAUGAGCUGUAUAAAGUUAUUUGGGGUGCUUUUAUCAAAGAUUGCCGAACAAUACUGUCAGAUUCUUCGGUUGAGGAACGACGCAAAAAAUUCGAUUUAAUAAUUAUUGAUCAGUAUUUCUUUUGUAGAUACUCUCAAGCAGUUAUACCUGGACCAGUCUGGUGGGUUCUAACCUUUUUGAGUUCUUUAACUGAUAAGAUGACAAUUGUUGAUAGAAUGAAAAAUAUCAUAUAUAAUAUCUCCUUAUCGUUUGUUCUGGAUAAUUUGGAUAGGAUUCUUGAAGAUAAAAAAGUGGACAUGGAAAUUUCGCCUGGUGAACAUAUAUCCGAAAUUCGAAAAAGGUGCCCAACGAUUCCUUGA